UAUAAACCCAUGUCCUUUCUCAUGCUGGGAGGAUAACUACUCAAAGCUCCACCAAGUAAAGCAAUCAUGGAAGUGUUAUGUUUUUUCCUCUCUUUUCUUAUCCUGCUUUUUGCCCUAAGAUUUUACCUAUCAAGAAUACGCCACAAAAAUCUCCCUCCUAGCCCACCGGCCCUUCCAAUUGUCGGCCAUCUCCAUCUUCUAAAACCCCCAAUGCACCGUGCUUUCUAUCAUCUAUCUCAAAAAUAUGGCCCAAUCAUGUUCCUUCAAUUCGGUUCUCGCCCUGUAGUUAUCGUCUCUUCAUCCUCCGCCGCCGAAGAAUGCUUCACAAAAAAUGACAAAGUUUUUGCCAACCGUCCAAGAUUGCUCGUUGGCAAAUUCAUAUCUUAUAACUACACCACCUUGGCUCAGUCACCCUAUGGCGACCACUGGCGCAACCUUCGCCGUAUUGGCACUAUUGAGAUCUUCUCAACUCAUCGUCUCAGCAAGUUACUAAGCAUUCGGAAGGACGAAAUCAAGAAACUACUUGUUAACCUUGCUAAUAACUCGCUCCAAGAUUUUUCAAAGGUAGAGCUAAAAUCAAAAUUCCAAGAACUAACGUUCAGUAUAAUGAUAAGAAUGGUUGCAGGGAAGAGAUAUUAUGGAGAUGAUGUAAGUGAUAAAGAAGAGGCAAGACAGUUUACGCAGUUAAUGAAGGAAGCUGUAACGUAUGGAGGAGCAACAAAUCCAGGGGAUUUCCUGCCAAUCUUGAAUUGGAUUGAUGGUGGUGGGUUUAAGAAGAGAAUUAUUGGACUCUCAAAAAGGACUGAUAAAUUCUUCCAAGCUUUGAUCGAUGAACAUAGAAGCAAGAAGGAAAAUCUAGAGAGUACGAAUACUAUGAUUGAUCAUCUUCUUUCUUUGCAAGAAUCAGAACCUGAGUAUUACACUGAUGAGAUUAUAAAAGGGCUUACACAGAACAUGCUCUUUGCUGGAACGGACACGUCAGCAAUUACACUAGAGUGGGCAAUGUCUAAUCUCCUCAACCAUCCAAGCACACUGAGAAAGGCUAAAGAUGAAAUAGACAAUCAAGUUGGCCAAGAAUGCUUAUUAGAUGAACCUGAUCUUUCCAGAUUACCUCAUCUUCAAAACAUUAUUUCUGAGACACUUCGGCUAUACCCAGCAGCUCCACUCUUAGUUCCCCACAUGUCAUCUGAUGAUUGUACUGUCGGAGGAUACAAUGUCCCACGUGGCACAAUAUUACUAGUAAAUGCAUGGGCCAUACAUAGAGAUCCUACGCUAUGGGACGACGCUACAAGCUUUAAACCUGAGAGAUAUAAUAGCAGGGAAACAGAGGCUCACAUGCUAAUGCCAUUUGGGUUGGGUAGAAGAUCAUGUCCUGGAGCUGGCCUAGCUCAAAGAGUGGUGGGGUUGGCUUUGGGUUCGCUUAUACAAUGCUUUGAAUGGGAAAGGGUGAGUGGGGAAGAAGUUGACAUGGCAGAAGGUAAAGGGGUUACCUUGCCUAAGGCUGAACCACUAGAGGCAAUGUGCAAAGCACGCCCAAUCAUGAAAAACAUUCUCCCUAAACAUGCUUAGUACUUCCUGUUGUAAUUUAUGUACUUUGUGUUUCAGCCUUGGUACUGUAAGAACUCUUAUAUAUCAACCUAUUUAUUUACAGUA